AUGUCAUAUUCCGGCUUACAUUCUGGCGACAAUCAAAUAUCCAAAAAGAAGAAAAAACUUGUACUUCUAUCUCUUGUUGCUUCAGUCUUAUUAAUUGCUGCAGUUAUUGCAGUAGUCGCCGGAGUGAAUUCAAGAAAAAAAGACUCCCAAAUUGCCGAUAUAAAAAUCUCCCCAGCUCACACCAUUGUCAAAUCUUCAUGCAGCAGUACAUUAUACCCAGAUUUAUGCUAUUCCACCAUAGCCAAUUCUCUUACAGAAAACAAAAAAGUCAAAAGCCAAAAGGAUGUAAUUGAAUUAGCCUUGAAUAUCACCCAUACUACUGUUGAGCACAAUUACUUCAAGAUAAAGAAGCUCGUAGCUAAGGGCAAGAAUUUGACAGAACGCGAAAGAACUGCAUUACACGACUGUCUAGAGACGAUCGAUGAGACCCUUGAUGAGCUCCAUGAAGCUGUUGAGGAUCUUGAAAAGUAUCCCAACAAGAAAUCUCUUAAAGAACAUGCUGAUGAUCUAAAAACCCUACUGAGUUCUGCCAUGACUAACCAAGAGACCUGCCUCGAUGGAUUCUCGCACGAUGGUGCAGAUAAGCACGUGCGGGAAGAGUUGAUUAAAGGAGAAGACCAUGUUGACAAAAUGUGUAGUAAUAUUUUGGCCAUGAUCAAGAACAUGACUGAUACGGAUAUCGCAAAUGAGAUGAAAUUGAGUGGAAGAAAGCUUAUAGAAGAUGAUGAUAUUGGCACGAAUGGGUGGCCCAAGUGGUUGUCUGCCGGAGAUAGGAGGCUGCUGCAGUCUUCCUCCGUGACUCCCGACGUGGUGGUGGCGGCUGACGGCAGUGGGAAUUACAGGACGGUGUCUGCUGCGGUGAAUGCCGCGCCGGAGAAGAGUAGCAGGAGAUAUGUAAUUAGAAUUAAGGCUGGCGUUUAUAGGGAAAAUGUGGAAGUGCCCAAGAAGAAAACUAACAUAAUGUUCUUGGGAGAUGGCAGAAGCAACACUAUUAUCACCGGAAGCAGAAAUGUAAAAGAUGGUAGCACCACCUUCCACUCUGCAACCGUCGCCGCGGUGGGUGAAAGGUUCUUGGCUCGGGACAUCACUUUUCAGAAUACGGCUGGACCGUCGAAGCACCAAGCAGUGGCUCUCCGUGUCGGUUCUGAUUUAUCAGCUUUCUACAGAUGUGAUAUGUUAGCCUAUCAAGACACCCUUUACGUCCACAACAAUCGUCAAUUCUUCGUCCAAUGCUUAAUCUCUGGCACCGUUGAUUUCAUCUUUGGCAACGCUGCAGCAGUGUUCCAAGACUGCGACAUCCACGCACGACGGCCGGAUUCUGGUCAAAGAAACAUGGUCACAGCUCAAGGAAGAACGGAUCCAAAUCAAAACACGGGUAUUGUAAUUCAGAAAUGCAGAAUCGGAGCCACUUCGGAUUUAAGACCCGUUCAGGGAAAUUUUCCCACAUAUCUCGGGCGGCCGUGGAAGGAGUAUUCGAGGACUGUUAUAAUGCAAUCUUCUAUUACUGACGUAAUUAAUCCUGCUGGUUGGCAUGAAUGGAAUGGAAAUUUCGCGCUUAAUACUUUGUUCUAUGGCGAGUAUCAAAACACCGGCGCCGGCGCCUCAACCUCCGGGAGAGUGACAUGGAGAGGAUUUAAAGUGAUUACUAGUGCGACUGAGGCGCAGAGUUAUAGCGCAGGCAUAUUCAUUGCCGCUGGCAGUUGGUUGAGCUCUACUGGAUUUCCAUUCUCCUUAGGGUUAUGA